GCCCCAUUCAUGGAUUCCCCUUAUUUAGCCAAACAAACCGUUCUGUGCUUCUUCUUCCCCUUCUGAGUUGUUUGUCUCUGGAGAAGAAUUGAAUGUUGUGGUGGAGAUGGAAGAAAUUCCGGAUGAGAUUGAGGUUUGUAACAUAUUGCUUGAGCUCGGAAAGCUCUUUCGGGAAUCCGAAUGUUCGGCGGCGGCUGGAUAUCGGGAGUCAGUGUGCAGAUGGGGUGGUAAGCGGAGGAGAUCUAGCAGCAGGGCCGGCGGCGGCGAAUUCCCGGCAGUGAAAGUCCAAGUCUUGAGUCCUGACACCCCACUCUCCUUCUGCCCCACCACUGAAUCUGAUGACAAACACUUGAAGAAAAGGGUACAUUUAUUUGUGAUUUUGGUAUCAUUUAUAUGAAUUAAUGGGUAAGGUUUGUGUUUUUUGCGGGUGGCAGAGUAGAGCGGAAUGGAAGAGGGAAAUAGAGGAAUUAACACGCUGUAAAGAAAUGCUGAUCCAGCAAUUGGAGAGUGUGAGAGUUCACUGCGAUACCCAGAGGCUUUACAAUCUCAAGUUGAAAGCAAUGAAACAUGAUGAGGAGGAGGAGGAGGGGCUGCAGCAGCCGCCGCCGCCGCCGCUAUUGACUUCAUUCAACAAACAACCAGAGGCUUUUGUGAGGUUAAUUGGGCCAGCCAGAACUGUAGCCCAACAACUUUAUUAUCAUUAUCAACAUCCACUCAUUGUUGAUCCAAUGGGCCAAAGAUUCCAAAAGGGCUUGCCCUCUCCGCAGAAUAAUUUGGGCUUUGAAAAUAAUCGGUUCGGCCCUACCGCCGACGAGAGUAUGCUAAAGAAGAAGAAGGCCAUGUAUGCUGAGGCACGGAGGAGCAGAAAGAACAAAUUGAAGGUUCGGAGGCGAUGAUGAUGUUUCCUUCCACUUCUAAAUCCAUUUUUAUUCUUCUCCUACUUUUCUUUUCUUUCUAACUUCCGUUCUCAAAUUGUAAAUACUGACUCAGUUUUGGUCCGUCUGACAUGCCUUUUUUUAAAUACUUCGCGUCACUUCAUUAAUACUUGUACAAAAAUCGCAUUUGUUAAAUGAAAAAUUCAAAACAAUAAUCUACUA